GCACUUUGUAAAGUAUAACAUGAUACCUUAAUUGAUCGACAACAUGGUCAUUAUAUCGAUCGAUGACAGAAUCGCUCAACAAGAACUUUUAUUGAUGAAUAUACUUACUUCUCGAGCAGUUUUCAAGGGUCUUUCUGACCUGAGAUCAAAACAAGACCAAAGUAAGAAAACUUUGUGGAAGUUUAUUAUAUGAAGUUGGACCACACAGGAUUAAGCUUAUAAUAUGGCUUGUUUAGUGUUCCGACUUUGUGAUAAUGCCCCAGAGAUUCUACGAGAUGUAUUCCUUGAUCUUGGCUGGAAAGAAUACGAUGAAGAUGAUGAUGAAAAUGACUGGAAUCUUUGGUGGAAAACUUCGGGGUUUCGAACGAGUGACUUUGAAGCUUGUCGUCCAUGGCAACGGCUUAAUCAUUUCCCUAAAUCCAUCGCCAUAACGAGAAAAGACUGUUUGGCUAGAAAUUUAAGACGAAUGAAGGGUAUCUAUGGCAAUUUUCUCUACAACUUUGUUCCAUUAUCGUUCAAUUUACCUAACGAUUACAAGAAGUUUGUGUCGGAAUACACUAAACAGAAAGAAGCUGGAAAGACUGUACCCUGGAUAUGCAAGCCAGCAGACCAGUCAAGGGGUAAAGGAAUCUUUAUCUUCAGGAAUCUAAGUGAUCUCACUUAUGAUUGUGCAACUAUUGUGCAGAAAUACAUACCCAAUCCACUGUUGAUUGCUGGAUAUAAGUUUGAUUUAAGGAUUUAUGUCUUAGUAACAUCAUUUCGUCCACUGAACAUUUAUGUAUACCAUGAGGGGUUGGUGAGGUUUGGAACAGAGAAGUUUGACCUUAAUUACCUUGACAAUGUAUUCUCACAUCUUACUAACACAAGCAUCAAUAAGGAAAGCCCUUGUUAUUCUACAGAUAAAGAAAGGAUAGGAAGUGGAUGCAAGUGGAGCAUUGGACAACUAAGGACUUAUUUCCAUCAAAAUCACAUUGACGAUAGACUAUUGUGGCAUAAAAUCAAUGCCAUCAUUAUUUUGACCCUACUUGUCCAAGCCCCUGAGGUGCAAGAAAGUUGUACCAACUGCUUUGAGUUGUUUGGCUUUGAUGUCUUAAUCGAUACAAACCUUAAACCAUGGCUGUUGGAGGUCAACUUUUCACCAUCUCUUGGUGUGGACUGUGCUUUAGACAUAGCAAUUAAAAAACCUCUCCUACAAGAUACUUUGGAGAUCAUUAAUCUUAAAGAAUCUGACAUAGCUACCUAUGGUAACUGCAUAAUCAAUUCUAAUGAUAAGAAGAGAAUCAUCAAACCCAGAACCAAUUCACAAGCCUCAAGACAAAAGACUGCAGACAGUAGUGGGAAUAGGAAUCUACAGGGUGCCAAGUUUAGACCUUCUCCAUUACCUUCAAGCUUUGAACAUAGAAAGCUAAUUGCUAGUGCUUCAGAAAGUAGUCUAUCAGCAGUUGGUGCUGGUAAAAAUCCAAGAUUUACCAAUGAUAGACAAAUUACCGCUAAUGAUAAUCAGGAUGUUAAAGGUGAUGAGGAUGAUGAUGAUGAUUGGAAAGAUCACGUAUCAUCAACUGAAGUACAUACAGAUCUUAAGAAUAGUAUGCGUCGAAUGACUACAGAUAAAUGCCAUGAAGUCAAUAGACAAAGUACACCAAGUGUAACUAGGGAAGGUAAACUCCUAAUGGAUAGCACUACCACUGCACCAAGUGUGAGUCAUUCACCCUUGUUAAGCAGUGCAUCUCUUGAAUUCCAUGCAGCUCUACAUAGUGCCAAAAAUGUUUGCGACCAACCAGAUGCAUGCAACUUGAAGAACAAACAAAGUGAAAGUGAAUAUGCUUUGACUGAUUUUGAAAAUAAGACUUUUGGACAUCCUGAAAGCAGCAUCGAUGGAGAGGAUGAAAAUGAAGAAAGACAUCUUUCUGGCUGUUGUGGUCAAAGAAAGCCGGCAAGCAUUGAUUCAUCACGACAAAUAUCUUCACCAUCAAUAAAUAAAGCACUUGUAAAGAGCAACUACCCAUCUUUAAGGAGAUUACCUAGAAAAAACUCCUUUCUCCCAAAUAAUAAAACAUACGAAAUACCAAAGAGAACAAGUGCAAGAAAGCUGUCAUUGAUGAAUUGGAAAGACAAAUAUGAAACUUCAUUUCAAGUCUUGUCGAAGACGAAAUUGUGUAACAGAGUUGGAGAUUAUGUACUUAUUUUCCCGUUUAAUGAUGCUUGCCAGAAAUGUUGUUCUUCUAAACAGAUUAACAGCAAAUCUGCUAUUGAUGAGGUUAAGAAAGCAAUUCAUAAACUGAGUGAAUCGAUUAAGGCUAGUUCUAAAAGAAAUAGUCCUGGGGAUGAAACACCAUUAGACUUGAACAAACCGUAUUGGGGGUUCAACUCUCUAUUUGAUUAUUCUGUAGGAUGAUAGAUGAUAGAACUGUAGUGUCUUAUAUUAUAAUAGGCUUGUAAGUUUGUUAAGCAAGAAUGGUUUUAGCUGCUAAAUUGAAAAUGGAUUUAAUUAAAAAAUC